AUGCAAAUUGACGACAAUCCAUCGACUUUACUUGAUUCAUUAAAAUGUCCAAUUACUCAUCAAUUAUUUUGCGAUCCUGUUAUCGGUGCUGAUGGUCAUACAUAUGAACGAAAAAAUAUCAUAGCAUGGAUACAAAGAAAUGCUUCAAGUCCAAUUACACGCGAACACAUGGAUUUGAAAUCAUUAAGACCAAAUUAUAUUGUAAAAAAGAUGGUCGACGAAUUUCUAUCGUUAUCAUUAGAAAAACAUUAUAAAUUUCAUCUUGAUGUUGAUGUAUGUAAAACUAAACAGCAGCCAAUAUUUCAAACUCCAAAUAAAAUAAUUUAUGAAGCAAAAUGGAUGCAAAAACUUGGACCACCGAUCGUGUUAAUUAAAAUAAAUGGAACUAGAGCAAAACGUGAAGCAAGCUUUUAUGUACAAUUGAGUUGUCAUCCUCAUAUUGUUCGAACCUAUGGAUUUAUUGAUAGUGACUCUUCGGCUAGCAUUAUGUUAGUUCAAGAGUAUGCUCCUGGAGGUGAUCUUAGUAAACUUUUACGGAACGCUAAUUUUCAACCGACUUUUGAAGUUUUACUUGAGAUAUUUUGGCAAAUUGUUGAUGCCAUGAUUUGCUUAGCCGACAAUGAGAUAGUUCAUGGUGAUCUAGCAUGUCGUAAUGUACUUGUUUUUCGAUCGAGCUCUAACCAACCUAUGGAAAUACUGGUUAAACUAACUGAUUUUGGACUUACUCGAGCUAGUCCACUAUUCUCAGUAUAUGAAACAACGGCAUCGUCGACGACAGUAAUGAUUCCGGUACGCCAUGCUGCGCCUGAAAUACUCUACGAUGCAUCUUCGAAUAAUUAUUCAGAAAAGUCAGAUGUUUACUCUUUUGGUGUCCUCAUGUGGGAGGUAUGUUCGGGAGGUGCAGUACCUUACGGAGAUCUGAGAAGAAGUGAUACUGUGUAUCAUGAAAGAAUAAAAGGAAAAUUACUCGAACAGCCGAAUACAUGCCCUAAUGAACUUUGGAGUAUUAUUGUAAAUUGUACUGAACAAGAAUCACAUAAGAGGCCUAAUUUCAAAGCUAUUCGAGAAGAUUUACUUAGAUUACGCUUUCAAAAUAAAGAACAAAUUUGUAAUAGAACGGUUCGAACACAAAUCGAUAAUAUUUAUCAAAAUGUAACAAAAUCAACUUUUUCAACGAAUAAUAUUCCACAAGAAAUCGAUCAUCAAUAUUAUAAUCCAGAGCCAUUUCCCGAAAACGGCGACUGUAAGAGAUUAACGGACGUUGGUUGUUAUCAGAAUUUAGACAUUUCUUCAAACGAAUAUCGCCGUUCUCAUCCAAGUAAUCCGAAUCAAUCAUUGUCUCAAUACUAUAUACCGUGUGAAUAUUGUUUACAGUCGAUAAAUACCGAGGAUUUCGAUAGGCAUAAAGAAAUUUGCACUGUACAACGUCUUAUAAGAUCUUCCGCUAAAGCUGCUGCUAAACUACCACCUUUAGAAAUAACAUCAUGCAUAAAUUGCGAAAAUAUGAUACCGUUAAAUAUGUUUCACAUUCAUAAGAACACUUGUGAUGGUAGCUCGGAUUUCCUGGAUAAUACGUCUCCAAUUUCUCCGCAGAACCCAACAACAGGAAGCUAUCAAACUAUGACUUAUUUAAAGCCUGUGCUACCUCCUUACUCUCAAACUCCAAAGAAUAUCUAUCAAAAUACAGCAAUGAUCAAUUUACCGAUACAAAAUCCAACACCAAUAGUUGAUAGGCAAUCUGAAAUAUCGAAUCAAUCGUCGAUGCAAAAUGAAUUUGAGACUAUAACAUCGACGAAGCCACCAAAGACUGGCAUACGAAAAACUUUAUCCAAGCUUAAGCACAAAAUUUUGCCAUAG